AGUGCUGCAAGGACAUUGACAUUUUUUUUUUACACAAAAUCUGCGUAUUGUUAAAAAUUUUUGUGGGAAAUAUCUUUUUUUCAAAUUGAUUUGAGGGGCACGCUUUGUAAAAUAAAAUAAAAAUAUGUCUGAAAAUAUUGUUAUCAGUGAUUUACAAAAACAAAUUUUUGAAAAACUAUCCAAAAAUGAAACGAACGAGUUCAAACAGUUGAUAACUCAUAUCAAAUCCACGGUGAAUUUUGUCGAUGAAAAUGGAAUGAGCCCCCUGCAGCAUGCUUGUAGCAAAGGAAACAUUGAAGCAGUCAAAAUUUUGCUAGAUCAAGGCGCUGAUGUGAAUUUCAAUCAACAUGGUGCAAACUAUACGUCCCUUCAUUUUGCUGCUUUAUCUGGAAACAAGGACAUAUGCAAUUUACUUUUAGAUGCUGGAAUUAAUCCAACUACGCUGAAUUCUGUAUCGCGAACAGCAUCCCAAAUGGCUGCCUUUGUUGGCAAUUAUACAUGUGUCGAAGCGAUAAACAACUAUGUGCCAAAAGCUCAAAUUGAACAAUUUACCAAAAUUCAGGGAAAACAAACAGACGACUGUUUGCCGCCCCAAUUGCUAGAUAGUUUUCAUAAAUUCGUAAUUGAAGUUAAUCUUCAUCCAGUUCGCAUUGCACUCAAUCUACAAAGAAAUGGAAAUCUAAUAAAACAUUUGCCAAAACUCAAAAAGGUCCUACAGCUUAUGACGGAGAAGGAAAUGCAUAAAAAGUACGAUAUAAAUGAAUUGAUGGCAUUUAAAUAUCAUUAUUUGAGAUGGGUCAUUUCUGAGAUAAUGCGUUGCGAGGAGCAAUGCCAGCUGAGGAAAGAAAAAAACAAUGAAUCAGAUGGCAAACAUGAUUUCAUUGAAUUGUUUGUUAAACGUGUGCUAAAGGAAAACAAACAAGGCCAAUUAGACUACAUUGAGUUCACAAUCAGAGACUGCGUGCGAGAGUUUCCGUUUAGGGAGUGCACGAUAUUCCGUCAGGUUGUAUCCCAACUAGCAAAUAAAGAAUCACCGCCAGCUUUGUUCGUAUUGAGGAGUGCCAUUAAUGGACAACGUGGCUUUAUUGAUGAAAUAUCAUUUUGUAGCACAUGUGGAGAGGAGAAGCCAGAUAAAAAGUGCUCAAAAUGCAAAGCUGUACAAUAUUGCGACAGAGAGUGUCAACGACUUCAUUGGUUUAUGCAUAAGAAGACUUGUGCAAGGCCAACAUCGGCAGCUGGCAAUUCUAAUAAUCUUUCUUCGACAGCAGAUAACAAGAUUGAUAUAGAUGCUGGAGAGAUUCAAGAAACACUCAAAAACUUGGUGGUUAGUUAAGUAGAAGUUGGCAUGAGACAAAUCAUAACUAAAUUUGAAUUGCAUUCAAACACACAUUUAUCGUUUUUUUUUAUAUUGUAAACUCUGAAUAAUUUUUUUUUUAAAUAAAAGUAUUUGACACAAAAAGGACUUAUUGAGUACGUUAGAUUUCAACGUAAACAAAACACACUAAAUGCAAAUUAUAUUAAAGAAUAUUGUGCGUUGCACUUCUGAUAAUGGUUUUUUUUUGUCUAUUUGUAAGCUUAUACGAAAUAAAAUAUAUGUGUUUGAAGGAA